AUGAAUGAAGAGUUAAUGGACCAUACUCCAGCUGUUAUGACAUUCCAUAAUAUGGUUCCUAGUGGCAAGAAGCCAUUUAGGUACUUUAGAAUGUGGAAUACACAUUCGGAUUAUGCAGCAAGAGUGGUAGCAUCUUGGAAUCAACAAACUCAGGGACUUAAAAUGUUCCAAGUGGUGACCAAGCUUAAAAGGUUGAAAGGUGUGUUAAAGGAGUUGAAUAAGCAAGCUUUUUCGGACAUUCAAAUGUCUACACAGCAGGCAAAAGACACUUUAGCUGAGAUGCAGAAUAAAUUGCAUCAGGAUCCGUUAAACCAGAUGUUGCAGCAAGAAGAAUUAGCAGCCAGGAAAGAUUACACAGCCUUGCUAAAGAACUACCAGACUUAUUUACAACAAAAAGCUAAGGUCACAUGGCUUAAAAAUGGAGAUAAAAACACAGCUUUAUUUCAUGCAAGUAUUAAAGCUAGAAGAAGACAGAAUAGAGUGUUUUCAAUACAGAAUCAAGAUGGGGAGAGACUUGAAGAGGAAGCAAAAAUUUCAGAGGCCUUUCUGUCAUACUAUAAAGGUCUGCUGGGCACUAAAAUGCAGGGGAGAAGAACUGUGAUAACAAGCUUGGCGCAAUCAGGGGCUGUAUUGUCAGACCAGCUUGCUAGUUGGCUUUGUCAGGACUAUUCUUGUGGAGAAAUAAAGGUUGUUGUCUUUGCAAUACUAGGAAUCAAGGCACCAGGUCCUGAUGGGUAUUCAAGCUACUUUUUUCAGGAUAAUUGGGAGCUCAUUCAAGGAGAUUCACCCACAUUAGUGACGCGCAGUGAAGUGUCACUAAAUGAUUUUAGAGUCACUCAAUACAUGUCACUGAAGCCAGUUUUUGUAGUAGUGAUUGCUUGUUGCAAUGUCAUUUACGAAAUUGCAACUAAGUUGAUCUGUUUAAGGUUGAAACAUGUGCUUCCUGAAUUAGUGGCUCAGAAUCAAGGGGUUAAGUACAGGGAAGAUUUAUAG